CCGCUGCUGCUGCCGCUGCUGCUGCCGGCCGCGCCCGGCGCCCGCGGCAGCCGCGAGGAGCCGCCGCCGCCCGCCGGCAACGGGAGCCGCCUGCCCGCCGAGCCCGCCGCGGCGCCGGGCAACCACAGCGGCGCCCGGCUCAGCCCGGUGCCCGCGCUGCUCCGCGACCUCUCGGCGCUCAAGGCCGCCGUCAUCGGGGCCUGCGCCCUCACGGCCGCCCUCAUCGCCUGCCUCCUGCUCCGCGUCUUCAGGUCUGGCAAAAGGAUUAAGAAGACCAGGAAGUAUGACAUAAUCACAACUCCAGCCGAGCGGGUAGAAAUGGCUCCCCUGAAUGAAGAUGACGACGAGGACGAAGACUCAACAGUGUUUGAUGUAAAAUACAGGUAA